AUGUAUGCCGACGACAUCCUCCUUUAUUGUAAAGGCAGUAUUAGAAACAUCAAUCUGCUUAAGGAGGUUUUCCUUGCUUAUUCUAUGGCUUCCGGGCAGCUGGUUAAUCCCAGUAAAUCCUUUGUUUAUGCGGGCGCUAUUCCUUCGACGGUCUUUCAGAGAAUUUUGGAUUUGAAUGGUUUCUCUCAAGGUUUUCUCCCUUUCACAUAUCUUGGAAUUCCUCUUUUUAAAGGUAAAGUGAAGGCGGCUUUCUUACAACCCGUGGCGGAUAAAAUUGUGUCUAAGCUUGCUGCUUGGAAGGAUCAGUGCUCUCUAUGGCUGGUAGAACUACCUUGGUUAAAUCGGUUGUUUACGGUAUGCUUUCUCACACUAUGUCCAUAUACUCCUGGCCUACUACACUUCUCAAAUAUCUGGAAAAAUGUAUUCGCAAUUUUAUCUGGACUGGCUCGGUCGAUAAAAGAAAACUUGUUCAAGUGGCUUGGAAAAAGAUCUGUAAAACUUAUUCUGAUGGUGGCUUAG